AUGGUGCAGUCCUGUUCCGCCUACCGCUGCCGGAACCGAUACGACAAAGAGAAACCCAUCUCCUUCCACAAGUUUCCUCUUACAAGACCUGAUCUUUGCAAGAAAUGGGAAGCUGCUGUUAAAAGGAAAAACUUCAAGCCAACCAAGUAUAGCAGCAUUUGUUCAGAACACUUUACCCCCGAUUGCUUUAAAAGGGAGUGCAACAACAAGCUUCUGAAAGAAAAUGCUGUGCCCACAAUAUUUUGUUAUACUGAACCCAGCGAAAAGCCUGAAGAAUUUGCAGAACAGCCAGAAGAUCCACUACCGCCGCCUCCACCGCCGCCUCCACCACCACCACCGCCACCACCACCACCAGCAGCAGCUCCAGUACUACCGCCAUCUCCAUCAACUCCUUCUUUUCAUUUGUCUCAAAUAGAUGCCAGAUUUGUAGAUCCAAGUAUUGGAUUAUUGAUGCCUCCUCUCCAGACCCCUAGCAAUCUUGCUGUUUUUUGUGAUCACAACUAUACCGUAGAGGAUACAGUUCAUCAGCGAAAAAGAAUUCAGCAGCUGGAGGAACAAGUUGAAAAACUCCGGAAGAAGCUCAAGACAGCGCAGCAGCGAUGCCGGCGUCAGGAAAGACAAAUUGAAAAACUGAGAGAGAUCGUUCAGUUUCAGAAAGAAAAAGACAUAUUGGCAGGAAAAGGCUAUGUGAUUCUGCCCAAUGACUAUUUUGAAGUUGUAGAAGUACCUGCCUAGAAGUCAUGAACAUCAGUUUUCACUUUGCUAGGCCAAGAAAUUUAGUUUAAAAACUAAAUGCUCUCUAAUUCUGUGUGUAAGACUCUCCAGAAUUCUAAAACAGUAAAUAAGCAGUCAUACAAAUGAGAUCACAUUUUUUUCUUCAUUGUCAUUUCAGUUUGAUACACUUUUAAUAUAUUGAAAAUGCAAGCAUCUCAGAAUUAGAAGAUGCAUUUAGUUUACAAAAUUUGGAUUGCUUUACAGAAGGAAAGGAUGCAAGGUUGA